AUGCUCGUCAACCCGCUUGCCUCGGGUACCCUUUCGAAAUCCGAAUGCACAGCAGUUGCGAUCGACAUCAUUUUGCGUUGCCGGCAACGUCUACAAAAACUAGAGAAAACGCUUGAGCAGUGCAGCAACUCUCCGUCGGGAAAUACACUUAAAUCCAAAUUUCAGAUCAACCAAAUUCUCUACCCGUUCCGGCGGGAAACAAUGAUGACCCUUGUGGAAACAAUCAGUGGUCUUCAGGCCAAUCUUGACACUGCGUUAUAUAUGCUCAACCUUGAUAUGGGGAUUGAAAAUGAGAAGCAGAUGAGUAUUGUUGUCUCGAACUCUGCUUCGACAGUGGCGGAUACCGGCCAGGUUUUGGACCUUGUCCGUGGUCUUGACCAGAAGCAUGCCGAUUUCGAUGGAAAGCUAGUUAUGCUCGAAAAUCGAAUGAUACAAAUGGAAUCCAGCUUCAUUCGUCACCGAAACCAGCCCAUUCUGGAGCCUGCCUUGCUUCGGUCCCUCGUGGAAAACCAACAGAAAAUCGACGAGCAAAUGAGGAACUUAGCUACAAUGGCCCCGAAGCACUGUGACGGGUGCCAAACCGGAGGAGCUGGAGGUUUUGCUAUCAGUCCCAACCUUGCUCUUUUCCCAGUUGUUCCAAAAGAUUCACCGGUAUUCAGCCUUCUCAUGAAUACCGAGAAGACCCUUGGGGAAGGGUACGAUGAUGUUGUUUUACAAGACACCCUGAAAGGACUCCUGAAGUUAUUUCGGAACCACGAGUCAUCACCUCUGGAUACCCUGCCUAAUGGAGAUACAAUCUUGCAUUUUGUGUAUCGCUGGCACUUCUUCGCAGCCCGUUGGGACAACCCGUCUCUACUAGGAUGGCGUGCAUUUCUCAGCAAUCUUCUCCGCAUAGGUUUACCAACAAAUACGAUCAAUGAUCGCGGUGAAACCCCUGUGGACGCAUUACUACAGUCUUUUAUUGGAUUUCGAGGCCAACCUGGAGAGGAAACCACUAUCAGGAUCUGCUCUGAUCUGUUUCACAGAGGAGGCUACAUGACGCCUAGGGGCUCCAGAAAUAUUAUUAAACUAAACCAACCUGGCUCGUUUUCCAUUGACUUUUGUGUGUACGAAAAGAGCCCCAUUAUCCCUAUCAUACAGCAAAUAGCCUAUCAACGCGAUCUCGAAGGAGGUGUCGACAUUCCAGAGGAAUUGGCACCCCUCACUUACAGGUCGGAGGAUCUGCUUAAUGAUCUUCUGAGAAAGGGGAUCAAUCUUCGAUGGACACUUAAUUACUACACUCAAUGGCCGAAAGGGCUCGCCUUAUUGCUCCAAGCAGGUUACGUUCCAAACCGCAUCACGUUCUUGGUCGCUGUAGAUGCGAAAUGCAGCGAAAGCGUCAAGCUCCUCACUCAAACGAAAGGCAUAUGGCUUGAAGAAUCGAAUUUGAUUGACAUAAGUGACAAUCCCAAUGAAGAGAUCACAAAAUUGGUUGUUCAAGAAUUUGUCAAUUGCAGGAAAAGAUUGCAAGCUCUCGCGGAAAUUUUCCUGUCCAGCACUGAGCUGACCCGACUGAAAGUCCAAUCUGGUCGCCUUUUGGGCUUUCAAGCCGCUGAAGCCUAUCGACUACUGAAGAAACAAUCGAUAGAGAUUGAUUAUACCGAAACGCCGACUGGAUGGUUGGUCUACAACUCGGUAGGCAGGGAUCUUGAACUAGCGACACGGUUAUGGGAUGCUGGUUUUCGCGAUGUAGAUGAAUUGAACGACAAUGGCGAAACUUGCCUGAUGCAACUCAUGUGGGGGGGGUUCUUGGAGGACAGAUUUCGUUCGGGCCUUGAAAAAGGCAGAGUGGCUGAUUUCUAA